AUGUGCAUGCGUGCUCGUUACUCAUCUGGAAUCGUGAGGGGAGCUAUGUUACGAGGGUUUUCAUCUUCGCCCUCAUUGUUUUGUGCUGCCGCCGGCGGUUCGCCUAUCUUUGAUGAACUGAAACUGUCUAUACUGAAAAAACACCAGAGUGAUGCGCCUCGCAUUAAGCAACUGAUAGCCAAACAUGGCGGGGAUAAGCUUUCAGAGUCCACGGUGUCCAGCAUGUACGGUGGCAUGCGCGGAGUUACCGGUUUCGUUUAUGAACCAUCAUAUCUCGAUAAGGAAGUUGGUAUUCGCUUCCGGGGGCUCACCAUUUCGGAGUGCUGCGAAAAACUUCCCAAAUCGUGGCGUGGCGGAAGCUCCCCGCUCCCUGAGGGAAUGCUGUGGUUGCUUGUGACCGGCACAAUACCAAACGAGCGGCAGGUGAAAGAAAUGCACGAAGAAUUGCACCGCCGUGCAGACGAGCGUGCAAUCAGUGCUGCCGUGAAGACAAUUGCCUCAUUGCCGGAUAACUCUCAUCCCAUGACUCAGUUUGGCGCUGGUUUAAUGGCCCUCCAAACGUACUCGAAGUUUGCCACAGCGUAUUCCCAGGGGAAGGCGAACAAAACAAACUAUUGGGAGUAUGCACUGGAUGACAGCCUUGACUUGAUCGCUCGCUCUUCACAUGUGGCGGCCAUUGUGUACAAUCGUCUCGCAACUGGUAAGGCGCAACUGGCCAACCCCAGUGACCCUAAUCUUGAUUGGGCAGCAAACUUUACAAACAUGCUGGGAUAUAAAGAUGAGUCAUUCUGGGACUGCAUGCGCCUUUACCUUUGCCUCCAUGCGGACCAUGAAGGUGGCAACGUGUCUGCUCACGCCACAGUUUUGGUUGCAUCAGCACUCAGUGACCCAUAUCUAUCCCUUGUUGCAGGUCUCGCCGGCCUCGCUGGCCCACUUCACGGUUUGGCAAACCAAGAGGUGUUAACAUAUUUAUUUGAGAUGCGCGACAAAUGCAAAGCUGCAGGUGUGGACCUUCAUGAUCGCAAGCGGCUUGCCGCGGAGCUGGAAAAACUCACUUGGGAUGUGCUCAACGCCAAAAGGGUGGUGCCAGGUUAUGGGCAUGCUGUUCUUGGUAUGACUGACCCCCGUUACACCUGCUUCCGCGAGUACUGUAAAAAUAACUUCCCUAAUGAUGAGCUUUUUAUACUCGUUGACGCCAUCUACGAGAUCAUGCCCGGAAUCCUCAAGAAACAUGGUAAGGUGAGGAAUCCGUUCCCCAACGUUGAUGCCCAAUCCGGUGUACUUCUUCAGCACUAUGGGAUGAAAGAACAGUUAUUUUACACAGUUCUAUUCGGUCUUUCGCGACAGCUGGGGGUCCUUACAGGAAUCGUAUGGGAUCGACUGCAGGGGCGACCUAUCGAGAGACCCAAAACGAUGACAAGUGAGUCACUUCUCACAAAGUACAACAUAGCGUAG